GACCAUUUUUCCAACUCACUUCGUUAACCGUCGAGUACGAUUCCUUCAGUCGCCGAGUUUUAUGUUGAGGAACUUGAGACCUGACUUAUUUCAAUCAUCACUUUCGAGACCUUAUGCAAACUCUUCACCUUCCCCCCACACGUCUCCCGAAGAGACUGCUAUAUUGGCAAACAUAAUUGUAACUGGCCUUGUUGGUCUUAUAUCAGUGGACCUUCUAUAUGCUUGGUACCGAAACGGAUGUAACGAACGUCUUCUCAACGAAACUGUGGAAAAGGGAACUCGACCUGAAAUUGAUGUUUUAAAUGAUGAGCUUGUUUCUCGACCUCUAGUUGUAGAUCGCCUUAAAAAAAUUUUUCAACCGCACAGAAAUCAAUCAUUUUAUCAUAUGGUUUGCGGCGAACAUGGAACUGGGAAAACUACAUUAACCAGGAUUGCAUCGAGAGAAGUUGGGCAGGGUGUCAUAUAUGUUGAUAUUCCUGCUGAUAUUGAAGACUUUGGUAAAGCAUUUGGAAGAGCCCUUAACUUUGCGUUUGAGGAACAUAUUUCUUGGACGCGGAAAGUCUUAGGCGACACUAAUAUGAGAUUCGAGGAUCCCAAGUGGAAGAGAGCCAUGGAAGCCUUUAAACGUGCUUCUGCCGUGUACAAAAAGAAGCAUAAUAAACCACCGGUUAUCGUUUACGAUAAUGUUAGCCGAUUGGUUCACAAAAAUCCGAAAAUCCUCGACAUCCUUCAAGAUGAUGCUAAAAAGAAUGCCGAUGACAGAAAAUAUAUCGCUGUGUUUGUCAGCAGUGAAGGUUCGGUGCCUAGAAGAAUGGAAACGCGUAGUGCCUGGUCACGUGCAAAACCUGUGGUGGAAAUUGGUGACCUUAGCAAGGAAGAAUCAAUGACAUAUCUGACUAAGAAGCGCAAUAUCAAUGAAGUAGAUGCGAAAAAACUAUAUGAAUUGGUUGGUGGUCGCUUUUUAGAUCUGAAGACUGUGGCGGAUGACUUCUUGGCUGGACAAUCCUCUGAAGUCAUUAAACAGCAAGUCUUAACCGAAGUUGAGAAAAAAUUCCAAUCUGCACGACUCCUUCCAAAGGAUCCACGUUACGAAGUAGGAAAGAGUAUCAUCAAUGAUUUGUUAAAGUCUAAGGAACUUAGCUUUUUAGAAUUUAAGUUACAUUUCGACGAGAAUGAUGAAUUAAAUGAAGUGUUGGGAAGCAACAUAUUUGCUUAUCACCCGGAAAAAAACACCGUGAGCUUCCAAUCUCAAUCGGUAAAAUAUUAUAUUCUUGAAAAGGCAGACAUAUUCAUUAAAAAAUAG